UCAAAGCACAGUGUCAGCAGUUUAGUGUCGCGUCCGGUUUAACCGAAAUGUUGGCGUCGAAAUUCGGUAGUUCUGUGUCCUAAUUUCAUUUUACUCCGUUCGUUUUUUUACAUUUUUCAGCGGUCGCGUUGUGGAUGAGUCGGGGAAAGCCGCAAUCAUAUUUAUUUAAACUUUUUUCCACCCUGUACAGUUGUUGGCGCUUAACGUAUUAUUGAAGUCACCACGAGACCAGCAAAAACUGUUAUUCAAAAAGGGUCAAUCUUUAUGCGCAAAAAUUCCAACGGGUUCGUCAUUCCAGUGUUAAAGUGUCAUCUUAUCCUAGUUCGAUUCAACUUUAUUCUCAAGGUCGUCAAGUUUGUGACCAUUGGAAAAUCAUUUAAAUGCGAAUAUCCAGUAUAAGAAUAAGCUUCACACAAAAGUUGUUUUUUAAAUUUCCGACAGCUCCUAUCCUAUCAUUUUCCACAAAUAACCAUUCCAGUUUACGUCUGCAUGAGUGAGUUGAUAAAGGUGCAACUGCAUUCUUCUGCAUCGUACAGCGGACCAGAGGUAUUUUAGAUGCGAAUGGGGAUGGCUAUGGUGAUUAGUGGUUUGUGCUGCGAGACACCCUAAGCAUCUGUUCAUCGGACCACAUCUGCUCGCUCCAUAAGCACGAGCUAAAUUGUGUUUAGUUUUCGGGACACAUGACGUUUUAUUGUACACACUCUGGUUCGUAAUUUAUUUGUGAUAAAUAUGGGCAAUCAUCCUUCAAAUCAUGUGCCAUUGGAUAGGGCCAAUACUGGAAAAUUUGGAGACGUCCACACGAGGCGAAGUCUUCGUUCCCCUCGGAAGAUGGACAGGCUCCGGAGAUCCUUUAGGGAUUCUUUUCGUAGACGAAAGGACAGGAUUCCAGAAAGUUCCAAACCUCACCAAUGGCAGGCGGAUGAGGCUGCGGUCAGAUCGGGCACAUGUACUUUUGCUGUGAAAUAUUUAGGGUGUGUUGAGGUGUUUGAUUCAAGAGGAAUGCAAGUAUGUGAGGAAGCACUUAAAGUUUUAAGAGGUUCUCGUAGAAGGCCAGUGAGAGCAGUUCUGCAUGUUAGUGGUGACGGUUUGCGUGUUGUCGAGGAGGAAACCAAAGGAUUAAUAGUCGACCAAACAAUAGAGAAAGUAUCGUUUUGCGCCCCAGAUAGAAACCAUGAACGUGGUUUUAGUUACAUUUGUCGAGACGGUACUACAAGGAGGUGGAUGUGCCACGGUUUCUUGGCACUCCGCGAAUCUGGGGAGCGCUUAUCUCAUGCUGUAGGCUGUGCGUUUGCUGUGUGUUUAGAGAGGAAACAAAAGAGAGACAAGGAAUGCGGGGUGACUAUGAUGUUCGAUAUGAAGAACAACACCUUUACGAGGACAGGAUCCUUCAGGCAGCAGAGUUUGACAGAGAGAGGGGUCGAUGUCGGUCCGCCUAAACCGGCUCCUGUAAAUCCCUUUGCAAUCGAGAGGCCGCAUGCUACUCCCAGUAUGCUUCAAAGACAAGGAAGCUGUAGAGGUAGCAACAAUUUCUGUUACAGCUUUAGCACUCUCGGCCAAAAUUCUCCCUUCAAGAGACAGAUGUCGCUAAGAGUAAACGAACUGCCAAGCAACACCGCCCGUUUAAAUUCUUAUAAGUCGCCCACUUCGCCAACGAAUUCCAACAGCAAACUACCCGUGUCUCCGAUUCCUGAGGUGUCACCAGGUGAUUCCGUCACAGCUUUAUGCCAGCAGCUGUCCCAGGGACUCAGUCAAUUAACUCACAGCGGCUCCGAUGAUUUCAACUUCAACAAUCAGAGCUCCGUCAACCAAAAUACCUUGAAUUUAAAUGUAACAACUAUAAACAAUACGUACAAUAGAUCUAUUACGUCUACACCGGCUCCUGCUGCGACCACCGUCACUCCAAUUAGUUUAAGUUUUAGUCCGAAUUUGAGUAAGAAUGAUGCGUCCGUCACUACCUGCUCACUAAAUACCUCUGUUUCUUCGACAACUAGUCCUCUGCCCAAACCAGAACAGUGGCUGGAACUCGUCAAUUCUACUUCGCCAGCGCCAGGCAGAAUGGACGGAGCUUCUCCAAGGAGGACUCCGUCAUUCAAGUCGCAUUCGAGGGCCGUGUCUUUAGACUCCGGUUCUGAGAGCCUGCAGAAUGCCAAGCCCACGGAUCCGUUCGAUGCUGAAUGGGCAGAGCUCGCAGCAAGGCAGAAUAAUAGUACGAAUCCCUUUUUGGCAGCUUCUACUGCUCCUAAAGCUUUUCAGAUUCAGUUGUAAGUCUUACAAAACCUUUCCCAAAAUUCCGUUGUUAUUUCGUAUUAUGGUGAACUGGCUCAAGUUUGGUCACGGGUUGGCAAUUUCCGGUAUUCCGGAGUGUUCUACAAAUAUUAUAUAAAAAAUUGUUGUACUGAUUUUGCCGAAAUUCGACAUGGAAAGGAUGACUGAUAAUUUGCGUUACUGUAUUAGAAAAAGUUACACUGAUUGCAUUCUCGAAUACUUGGUAUGGAUAUUCUAGAGACACAGAAUAUAAAGUUGCAUUCCUCUUUUCUUUUGCUUGAGGAUUUUGUUCCAAAUAUCUAAAAUUUUUAGACUAAAAAGUGUCAACAUUCCACAUUACAUACAGGGUUGUGAUCCAUGGGUAGCGCCACUUUAGAGGUUAGGAAAAAAGGUGAUUUUUGGGAAUUUUCAAGGAAAAUUGGUGCAAGAUACAUGUAGUGUCAGGAACAAAAAGGCUCUAUUGUACAUGUCUUCAGGUAGUAUUGUCAAUUUUUUUAAACAAUUUGAAUUCAAAAUGGCGGCUGUAGGUGAUGGCGAGCAACAACACCUUUUUGUCAGAGGGGUGUAUGGCCAGAAAUGUUUCUUAUUAACGGAUGGUCUCUGAAUAAAAAAACAAACAUUUUUUAAUAUAUACUGAAACCUAGGGAACAUCAUAGGGAAAUUAAAAAAUUAAAAAAUAUUAAUAAUUGGGUGAACAUUAAAAAAAAGUAUUAAAAAAAACAAAAAAUUUUGCAUUUAAUUGUUAAUAGCAACGCAAAUUGUUAAUAAAUCGAAAACCUCUACGAAGUUCCCAGAGUUAUGUUAUCGUGAAGCUUUGUACAAAAUUUCAAGUCGAUUCGAUGAAAACUUUUUUCUGGCCAGUUAAAAAAAAUGGUUUCUUGAAAAACGCUUUCAAAGUUUUGAUUGUUGACAUUCAGCAUAAGAAAUUCGUUAUAUGUACCGGGUAGGAAAGUACCGAUGGUCUAACU